AUGAAGAAGACCCCGGGCGUACCCUCGGGGGCCGCCGGCUCGCCGCCGACGGCACGACCCGCUGCUGCCGCGGCUUCAGCCGCCCCAUCGACACCCUCGGUGCUGCCAGGCCUCCACCCGGGGGAUGCCCGGCAUGAGAUCUCCGCCAUCCGGCGGUCAAGCGGCCACUCCAGCGGCAACCAGGCAAGUCUUCUUCGUCUUUUCCCGUCAGUUAGCCUUUGGGUGUUGCGAGGUCCCUUGGUUGUGACCACCUUUGAUCUGGAAGCCUGUACCUCCCCCCUCGCCGGCAAAGGCGGGCGCGCGGCCGACAAUCGUGGGGACAGCACCCCUGACCGGAUCGUCGGCAAGAAUACAAGGGGUCAGGGAGGAGCACGAGCGGGUGGUCUCGGGAGUGGAUGUGUCGGCCAAGGGGACAACGCCGACAACGAGGAGGAGGACAAGGACGACAGCCCGGCGGGUGAGCCGGUGUUCCCCGGGGUGCGGCGGUUGCUGUACCGGGCAACCGACCCGCUCUUCUCGUCCCCCGCUGGCCCUUACCGCCUGCCCGCCCCCACGCCCCAGCAUCAGAUCAGUGGUGCGCAAGACGAGACCGCAGGCCUCAGCAGGGGCCCGCUGCCAACCCACCCCCCCGGCUCCCACCUCCCCGCGCCCCAACCAUCGGCGCCCUCUGCCCCCUCCGCCCAUUCCGCCCCUCCUCGCCUGCCCAAGAUUGUGAUCAAGGGCUCCCGCCCGGCCGCCGACGCCAACAACCAGCCCACGGCGGCCGAUACCAAGAUUCCGCGGGGUGAGGUGACCGUGCCCUCGGGCAACCAAGAAGCAUCCGCAGCCGCCGGUGACGAGGAGCAGGCUGGGCCAGCCCAACGGCGGAAGAAGGCGACGAAGAUAAAGUUGAUCAACCGGUCCGGGUCAUCUCUCGCAAUUCCCAAGCCCGACAACGGCGACUCUGGCGCGGGGAACGAGGAGGAGGAAGGGGAGGAGGAGGAGGCGGGCACCAAGAAGCCCCGUCCGAGAAAGCGGAGCGCCACUACAGCCGGCCACGCAAGCGGUGCGAAGCAGGCCCACGCUGCUCUUCAACACGACGAGCCCAGCGGUGUUUCAGCCGCUGUCUCGAACGACGCAACAAAGCCUACCACCAAGAAGCCCCGUGGCAAGAAGGCUGCUCCUGCCCCCGCCCUCCCACCCACCAGCGCGUUACAGCACCAGAACCAGAAUCUUGGUCCCAGUGAGCCCAGCGAUGCCGCCGAUAACACCCCAAACCAGGCGCCAAAACCCAAGAGGAAGUCGCGUGCCAAGAAGGACGCCCCUUUUCCCGCCAGUCCACCAAAUGAACUGGCCGGAGAGGGGCGCCCCUAUGGACCCCCUUUCGACGCUGUAGGGGGGCUUGCGAGCGGUGCUUUUGUGCAGCCGAGCCACGAUAACGACAGCCUUAGAGGACUUGCCCCAACUGGUCCAUCGCAUGGGUCGUCGGAACAAUCCAGCCUUGAUUACCGCCUCGCCGAGCCCGAUGCAUAUAAUCCCCCAGGCGAGCCGUUCGAGCACCUGAACCAAGCGGCGCCCGGCCUCGAGCUGUUUGAUGCCGCUCGCAUCAAUCCCGCAUUGGGUGCUCCGAUCCCCUUCCCGCCGCCGGACCCGAUUACAGCCCUCUUCCCGACCCUCACCCCCGGCACGGGACCCUGCAACCCGACCGCCCUGACCGCCGAGCCCGACAGCUCGAUCCCGCAGGCGAUCCACGAGGACAUCCGAGCCCUCGCACAGCAGGCCACGCUCUUCUCGCACACCACCGACAGCGUCGUCUACGCGCACGACGCGCUCGACAAUUGCGGCUACGACUUUGCGCGCGAGCCGCUGCGGACGCCCAUCCCGAGGGCCGUGCGCGGCGUGUUGGCGGGCCAUCGGCCGUUUGCGUUUCCGCGGUCGGGGGCGAAUCCGUUUAUGGGGGCGGAGGUCGCUGAUGGUGAGGAGGCGGAGGUGGGCGUGGGUGUGGGUGUGGGUGUGGGUGUGGAUGGGAUGAUAGAGAAUGGGGGCCCGGAGGGGAGGCCGCUUGUGGAUGGGGUGGUGGUGCCGCCGGCGCUGCCCGCAACGAUUCGGGGUGGGAUGGUGUUUGAGAGGGCGGAUAAUGUGCUACUGAUCCCGGCUGGGUGGAAGGGGGCGUUUACGCCGCCGAGGGAGAACGGGAGGGGGUUUCGGAGGUUCCCGCGGCGCGGGGCUAUUGCUGCUAGAGGGGGUGGGAUGGAUAUUGAACAGGGCCGUGGCGAGCCUGGUGCUGCUGCCGUUGCCGUCGACGAGGGGUUCAACGAUCGAAUGGCGUUUGAACGACGAGCCUACGUCGAGAUUGGCGGCGACGUGGAGGACGAUCUUUAUGGGAACAGCCAAGCCGGCAACAUCACGACAGAGCGGCAAGGCCCCGGGUUCGAGGAUAACACUCCCGUGGAUUUCGAGCACCCAAUAUACCCAGGAGCUGCUCCCCAACCGGCGAUCGGCGGAUAUAACGCUAACAACGGCUUUGGUUUCGCGGCGCCCAGAGAGAGACUGGGAGAGUUUGACGGGAACGGCUUGGGUGAUAACGCGAUCCUAAACCAAGGACUCGGCAUAACCCCAGCAGAGAUGGAUGCUACCCUCUCGGGCGGAACCGGCUUCCCUGUCCCAGACUAUCAUCCCAACAACUUAAACCAGCAGGCAGCCGCAUUGAACGACGACUUCCCCAUCCUGAAUGGCCAAGCCGCCGUGGCCGAGGGUCAACCCGCCAGCUUCAACGGGCUUCCCGCCGCAUCGAACUACAACUUCUUCAACAUGAGCGACCAAGGCCAGCCCAACAACUUCAACGAGCAGUCUGCUGCUGUCGAGAAUCGGUACGCGAAUACCUGGCCUAAUUUCGAGCAGAAACAGGCUGAGCGGUAG